CGUCAUCAUGAAAUAUCAACCAGCGUUUCUGCCCCCCCACAACCCCCCCUCCUCUCCAGCCGGAGAUUGACAGUCAGGACGUUUGCAGUAAGAGCAGCAGCAGCAGCAACAGCAGCCGACGGUCGACAGCGGAGGGGAGCCUCAGCAGCCAGCCAUCGGGCAGAGAGAAAGAGUGUGUGAGUCGGGCGAGGCUUGGAGGAGAGAGGGUCGGGAGGAUUGAGUGUGUCACUGUGCUUUCAUUUCGGAGCUGUCUGCUGGAAACAUUGGCUCGCUGGUUAACCCACACGUGAGUGACGGGGGGCAAAAAACUCGUUCAUCAGCUGCCCGCAUAUAGUGUUCAAUAUCAGCUUUGGUCAGCGCACAAACGACUUGGGAACAAGCCAGUGGUCAGCCGUAGAGGAAACGUGAAACGAACGUUGUAGCAGUGUUGAGCAUCCUCGAAUUUGUGCACAUCUCACAGAAUGGCUGACCGGGAGCAGUUGAUUCAGAGAGCCCGCUUGGCGGAGCAGGCAGAGCGCUACGAUGACAUGGCCUCCGCCAUGAAACUGGUGACCGAGCUGAGCGAGCCCCUCUCCAACGAGGACCGCAACCUGCUGUCGGUGGCCUACAAGAACGUGGUGGGUGCACGGCGCUCGUCUUGGCGCGUCACCUCCAGCAUCGAGCAGAAGACGGCCACUGACGGCAAUGAGAAGAAGCUGGAGCUGGUGCGCGCCUACCGCGAGACCAUCGAGAAGGAGCUCGAGUCCGUGUGCCAGGACGUGCUCAACCUGCUCGACCAGUACCUCAUCAAGAGCUGCGACGAGAGCCAGAUGGAGAGCAAGGUGUUCUACCUGAAGAUGAAGGGCGACUACUACCGCUAUCUGGCCGAGGUGGCCACGGGCGAGAAGCGCACGGCCGCCGUGGAGUCCUCGGAGGGCGCCUACAAGGAGGCGCUCGAGAGCAGCAAGAGCAUGGCGGCCACGCACCCCAUCCGCCUGGGCCUGGCGCUCAACUUCUCGGUCUUCUACUACGAGAUCCAGAAUGCACCUGAGCAGGCGUGCCAGCUGGCCAAGGAGGCUUUCGACGAGGCCAUCGGGCACCUGGACAAUCUGAACGAGGACUCCUACAAGGACUCCACGCUCAUCAUGCAGCUGCUGCGAGACAACCUGACGCUCUGGACCAGCGACCAGCAGGACAGCGAGGCCGGAGAAACCAACAACUGAGAGCGAGCGAAAGACGGGGGGAGGGAAGGAAGGAAGGAAGGAAGGAAAGAAAGAAAGAAAGAAAGAAAGAAAGAAAGAAAGAAAGAAGGAAGUGAGAGAGAACGAGAACAAGCGUGUUCCCUAUCCCCACACACCUCCAUCUCACUCAACCUGAGAGUUUGUCCCCCAGCCUGAUAGUGUCCCUCAACCUGUCCCUCAGUGCAGUUAGCUGCAUUAGCAGACUUCCCCUUCCUCUUACUCCUCCCCCUCUGUGUCACGCUCUCCUACUCCUCCCCCCGCGCCUGUCACAUUUUCUCCUCCUCUGCUUCUCCUCAUCUGCUCCUGCUCUGUUAUUUCUGUGUGACGCUCCCAAAACUUGAUCUCAGUGUUAUUUAUUUAUCUUCUCUCCUCCUGCCCCUCUCCCCCCUCCCCCCCUGUGCUCCUCUUCCUCCUUCUCGCCUUUUGUUUCGUUUUCAUGGCUUUCUAUUUUUAUUUAUUUUUAUCUCUGUGCUGUAGAGCCUUUCCUGCUCCCAUCUUUUCCACCUCCACCUAGUCACUGGUGAUGAGCAUACCGCUCUCCUACUUAGUGUUCCUCUGAAGACCUUCCCAUGUGUCAGACCCCCAGAAGGGGUCCUUCUUAGCACAUAAUACAGAUCAAGGUUUUUCAGUAGACUGAAGACGGCCACGUGCCAACAGUAAAUAGACAACAUCACACCUUACCAGUGUGUUAAUGUACUCCCCCCCCCCCCUCCCAAGAACCCACAAUUUCAUGACCUUUGACCUUUUAAUGUGCUUUGUCUGCUCUCCAUCUCCUUGACCUCUGACCUUUACACUUUGACCCCUGUGUAUACUGCUGUCCCUUGUGAAUUGUGUAAGGCACCUGUGCUUAGAGCAGCUGAUCCCCUGAAUCUGAUGUUGUGAUGGGGGAGCCCUCUCCUGCAUCACAGUGUUGUAAGAGCCUUUUGUUUUUGGUUGUAUGGAUUUAGUUUUUGUUUGUUUCUUUCUCUAUUUUUUGGCAUUUGUUUGUUUUUAUUCAUUUGUUACUCUGAGUAAUUAUGAUACUGCGAGGUCAUGAAAGAAUGCCAUUAAAGACAUUGCCUACCA